AUGAACAUUGAAGGUCAUGUCAGAAACUUUGAAGCACAUGAACUACCAGCAAUGUUAGAUAAGAAAGCAGACAAGAACCAUACACAUGAUUUCUUCACAACUGUUGGUAUAGAAAGUAUUGAAGGAACGGUUGAAGGAACUGGUGGGGAUGCAUUAUAUUGUAAACCUCCUAACUUUCCACAAGGUUUAACAUCGGAUGACGACAUAACGACGAUGAGAAACAUUAGAUGUAAAGAUGUUUAUGUCAUGGAGGAUGAAAAUAAUGUUAAAUUCACUGCUCAAGAUUUAUAUGAUAAGAAAGCCGACAAAAAUCAUACACAUAAAUCCUUCACUACUGUUAGAGCAGACGACAUAAUAUUGAACUUUGACCUUGGUUCAAGUGCACCAUUAGAAAAUCCAAGUACAAGCGUAAAAGAUACUCUUAACAAUUUAGAUAAGAGUUGCAGGAAUACCGAAGAUCAUGCCAGAAACUUUGAAGCAUAUGAACUACCAGCAAUGUUAGAUAAGAAAGCUGACAAAACUUAUGUGGAUACAGAACUAACAAAGAAAUUUUCGAAACCAGAUACAAUGACAUUUACAACAGAAAUUAUAAAUGGUGAACCAGCAACUCCAUUUGAAUUUGUUAGAGGUCUUCAACCAGAUACUUUUGAAUUUUUCUUGGAUAAUUCUAUUGAACUAACAUUACAUUAUAAAAGUGGAACAAAUGCAACAUUUCAUCCGGGAGAUACAUUCCAAAUGGUAUUUAAUGACAUAAGUUCUUUAGAAUAUGUUUAUAGAGUUAUGAGCAUAUAUGAUUUAAUAUAUCCUAUAGGAGCUGUUUAUACGUCUAUGAAUCCAAUAAAUCCAAACACUUUAUUUGGUGGUAGAUGGUAUGAAAUAGUUGACAGUUUUCCAUUCUACACUAAUACGCAGUCAAUGAAGAUGGGAGGUUCAAAGAAAAUAGGUAUUGA